AAGUUUAUCAGUACUAUUUAUGCAUAGACCUAAUAAUUCUAACUCUGCAUUCUGUUUUUCCAUGGCAAUUCUCAUCAAUAUGAUAAAUAUGGUAUUUUUCUUUUUUCUUCUUCUUCUUCCUCAUGUUAAUUCUAUUCAUUUCAAAUUCGAUCGCUUCGGUCCUGAAGCAACCAACAUAGCUUAUCAUGGCGAUGCAAUUUCUUCUGUAGGUGUUGUCGAGCUCAUAAACAAAAUAGCUUACACUUGCCGUGUAGGUUGGGCAACCUAUAAUGAAAAAGUUCCACUUUGGGAUUCAAAUUCAGGCAAGAUUUCUGAUUUUUCAACUCAUUUCUCCUUCAUAAUCGACACCCGAAAUUUGUCCGCAUACGGCCAUGGCCUCGCAUUCUUCCUCGCGCCUGUCGGAUUUGAGAUCCCUCCAAACUCUGCUAGUGGAUUUUUAGGAUUGUUUAACACCACAACGAUUGGUUCUCCUCAGAAUCAAAUAGUUAUGGUGGAAUUCGAUUCGUUUCCGAACGAAGAAUGGGAUCCGAUGCCUUUAGUCGAACACGUUGGGAUCAAUAAUAACUCUCUUGAAUCUGCGGUUUACACUACUUGGAAUGCAAGUUAUCAUAGCGGAGAUACUGCUAAUGUAUGGAUCACAUACAAUUCCAGCACUAGAAACUUGAGCAUAGUAUGGUCUUACGAAAAAACAGCAAAUCCUCGAGAAAAAACUCAUUUGUCUUACAGUAUUGAUCUGGCCAAAGUUUUGCCGGAAUUUGUUACUGUCGGAAUUUCAGCUGCUACAGGUACAAAUGGAGAACGACAUCAGAUUCUUUCUUGGGAAUUCAAUUCUACUUUGGAUGUAAAGGACACUAAUCGGAACAGUUCGAAGAAAACAGGAAUCAUAGUUGGUGUUUCAGUUUCAGUUUGUAUUGUCGGAAUUGGGAUGAUCGUAGGAAUUUUGUUUACUUGGAGGAGAAGAAAGAUGGCGAUGGAACGAAAAGGGGAGGAGGAGAAGAUGAAUUUGACAUCAAUCAAUAAGGAUCUUGAAAGAGGAACCGGUCCGAGAAGAUUUUCUUAUCAAGAACUCGUUUCCGCUACGAAUAAUUUCUCAAAUGACAGGAUGCUUGGCAGAGGAGGGUUUGGUUCUGUUUAUAAAGGAUAUUUGAUUGAUUCAGAUUUGGCAAUUGCUGUGAAAAGAAUUUCAAGCAGCUCUAGGCAGGGUAAAAAAGAGUACAUAGCUGAGGUAAAAACAAUUGGUCAAUUGAGACAUAGAAAUUUAGUUCAACUCUUAGGUUGGUGUCAUGAAAAAGGUGAGUUUUUACUAGUUUAUGAGUUCAUGCCAAAUGGAAGUCUUGACGCUCACCUUUUCGGCAAGAAAAGUCCUCUUACUUGGGCUGCAAGGCAGAAAAUUUCUCUCGGAUUAGCCUCGGGAUUGCUCUAUCUUCAUGAAGAAUGGGAGCAAUGUGUCGUACAUCGAGAUGUGAAAUCAAGCAAUGUGAUGCUAGACUCGAAUUUUAAUGCUAAGGUUGGUGAUUUCGGGUUAGCUAGGUUGAUGGACCACGAGCUUGGUCCGCAGACAACUGGUUUGGCAGGAACAUUAGGCUAUAUGGCUCCGGAAUAUAUAGGCACGAAACGGGCUAGUAAGGAAUCAGACGUAUAUAGUUUCGGAGUAGUUGCUAUAGAAAUUGCAACAGGACGAAAAGCAACUGAUCAUAUCAACGAUAAACAUGAAAUGAGCUUGGUAGAGUGGGUAUGGGAACUUUACGGAGAGGGGAAACUUUGUUCAGCAGUUGAUAAGGAAAUGUUUAUGGAAUUUGAUGAGAAAGAAGCAGAAUGUUUGAUGAUUGUCGGAUUAUGGUGCGCUCAUCCUGAUCGUAAUAUAAGGCCGUCAAUUCGGCAAGCAAUUCAAGUGUUGAAAUUUGAGAGUGCAUUUCCGAAUCUGCCUGCUAAAAUGCCUGUUCCUGUGUAUCAUGUUCCGAUAGCAUCGGCCAGUUCUAGUGAACCCUCUAUAACUAAUUCGAGUCUUGAAGUUGGCCGCUAAUUGAUAUUGAUAUAAAAUAAAUAUUCUGUACUUGAGUUUAGAUUUGUUUAUGCAUUAUGGUAAUUUGUACUUGUUUCAAGCCCAGUUCUAUUUUUCUUUCUAGUGACAAAUUUCAUGUCUUACUCUGAAAUAUAAUAUUAAUUUUGUUUAAACAUUUAAUUAA